AUGUGCUAUCCUAUUGGGAUAAUUAUAGCAGAUUGCCCCGUCAUUAAUUCUCUACGUCGUGGUAAAAUCCAGGGUAGUGGCAUAACACCUGGUACUAAAUUAACUUUCCUAUGUAAUCAAGGCUAUCGAUUAGUAGGAGCAAACGAGACUGAAUGCCUCAGUUCUGGCCAAUGGUCCAAUGCAUUACCUGUCUGCAAAGACAUUAACGAAUGCAAGGAAGGCCUAGCAAAGUGUAAUGUCUCGAGUUGCAUCAAUAAGAAUGGUUUCUACCAGUGCCAAUGUGCACAAGGAUACGUGUGGAAUCGUAAGAAUGAAAUUUGUACAGAUAUAAAUGAAUGUAGUAAGAAAAAUCGACCUAAGAAUUGUCCAGAUUCUCGAUCUGGCUGCACCAAUUUACCUGGUGGAUUUAAUUGCACUUGCACAGGCGGCUACGUACACUUUAAUGCUACUUUUUGUCAAGAUAUCAAUGAAUGUACUAGCAACCUUUAUAACAAUAUAUGCAAUCAUAGUCAGCAUUGCAUUAAUACGGAAGGAAGUUAUCAAUGUAUUUGCAAACAAGGUUAUAGAAAUUCAUCAACGACUGGUUGUAGUGACAUUAAUGAAUGCAUGGAAAGUAGCCAUAAUUGCACAAGCAAUCAACAAUGCAUCAACGUCGGUGGCAGCUAUAGCUGUCAAGAACUAUCGCUAUCCAGUGAAGAAUUGCAGAAAUGUGCAGCAAGUAAUGGUAGUACUUGUCAAGCAAUUACUCAAUUUCAAGACGGCUCUGUCUCUGGUAAUCGCUAUUCUUGUGGAGCUAAUAUUUCGUUUACUUGCAAUAGUGGAUACUAUCUUACGGGUAGACCUAUUCUAUACUGCUUAUCCAAUGGAAGCUGGUCGCAUUCCUUGCCAAACUGUAGUGAUGUUGAUGAAUGCAUUAAUAAUAAAGAUGAUUGUCAAGCACCAGCCUUUUGCUAUAAUACUGUUGGCUCCUUCCAGUGUCAAUGUCCGGCCGGUUAUAAAAUCGAUACGAGAACAACUUGUCAAGAUAUCGAUGAAUGUUUCCUCAACACUCAUAAAUGUAUUGCUCCUGCUACAUGUCGUAAUCUACCUGGCAACUAUGAAUGCCAAUGUCCUAAUGGAUAUGUUCUUGCUAAAAAUAAGCUGAGGUGUAAAGAUAUUAACGAUUGUACGAAAAAGAACAAUCCUUGCCAUGCUCAAGCGACUUGUACUAAUCUACCUGGCUCAUUUAAUUGCACUUGCAAUGCUGGCUAUACUGGGGAUGGAUUACAUUGCGAAGAUAUCAAUGAAUGUAAUAGCACGAUUUCCUGGCCGUGUUAUCCACAUCAAACUUGCGAAAAUACUUUAGGCUCUUAUAAAUGCGAUUGCCAGGAAGGCUACCGACAAAUUAAUGAUACCACAUGCACUGAUAUUGAUGAAUGCAAGAUCGGUGUAGCUAGGUGUUUUGCGCCUUCGUACUGCCAAAAUUUACAAGGCUCGUUUUAUUGCGCCUGUCCUGCAAAUAGUAUACAGCCAACAAAUUGUAAAAAAAUUACAUGUCCAACGGUUACUUCUAUUUCCAAUGGUAAAGUAGUAGGAAGUGAUUAUUCAAUCUUUAAAAGCCUUGUAUUUUCUUGCGAUUCUGGAUAUGAGUUACAAGGAAGGCACAAUAUUACCUGUAUGCAAUCCGGAAAUUGGUCAAGCCCUAUUCCUAAGUGUCAAGAUAUUGACGAAUGCAAGCAGCAAUUAGCAAAUUGUCUAAAUACGUCAUAUUGCGUUAACACUGAGGGUUCCUAUCUUUGUGAAUGCUAUCCUGGUUAUGAAACAUCGAAAUGUAUAGACAUUAAUGAGUGCGAAGAUGAUGUUUGUGAAGCUAAUGCAAAUUGUCAAAAUAUUCCCGGCUCUUAUAUUUGCACAUGCAAGACUGGAUUUGAGGAUGAUGGAGAUGAAUGUGUCGAUAUUAAUGAGUGCUUGGAAUCUUCAAUUUGUCCAACUAAUACUAGCUGUCAAAAUACCAUUGGAUCUUACAAAUGUUCGUGCUCAGAAGGCUUUAGGAUUGAGAAUGAACGAUGUGUUGAUGUUAAUGAAUGCUUGGUAGAUGGAUUAUGCAAGGAAAAUACCAAAUGUGUGAAUACCAUUGGAAGUUAUUCGUGUCUGUGUCUUGCUGGAUACGCUGUAGAUCUAGAGGGAGUUUGCAAAGGUGACUUUUACUCUAUUGCUAAUAUUAUGUUAAUUAUAAUCUGUCAAUUUUCAUAUCAGAAAUUAUCGGAGAAUUGUAAUUGCUAUUUUUUAAUGCUACAUUAUAAAGAUUUGAACGAAUGUGAACAGGAUUCACAUGAAUGUGGUGCUAAUGCAGAUUGCGUUAAUACUGUUGGCUCCUACGAGUGUGAAUGCAAAUUGGGUUAUUCUUAUGACGUUGAUCAAAUUUGUAGAGACGUAAACGAGUGUAAUAAUGGCGAAGCUCAAUGUCUUCCUAAUGAAGGAUGCCGCAAUAUUGCUGGUUCCUAUCUCUGCAUUUGUCCUAAUGGCCUAGAUCAGUAUGAAGUUGGCGAUGGAUUUUGUCCAAGCAGUACCGCAUCUACUGGAACGGCAUCUAGUCCUAAAAUCAUAACAACAUCGACAGGCAUUCGUGCUACUCCUGGUACUGGUCCACAAAUUGGAGAUGUAGGAACCAUUGUUGGUAUUGCACUUGGAUCGGCAUCCUUUCUAGUGAUGAUUAGCUUUGGCAUAUGGAAAAUUUAUAAAGCCCGAAAUCGAUCUCGUCCGUUAAUUAACUUUGAUCAGACAGAAAUGACAACAACUGCAGCUUUUCCAAUUGAGCUGGAAGUAGUGACUGAUUUGCCUGAACGAAAAUAUCUAUUAUUGAAAAAUUUUGGAAUUGAGAUCAAUAAAACCAUUGGUAGGGGAGCAUUUGGUGAAGUCUACAAAGGUGUCGCAGCUAUCAAAUUAAACGGCAAAAAAUCUACGCAUGAUGUUGCUGUAAAGCUACUAAGAGAUACUGCAACCCUACUGGAUGUAAGUAAUUUUGCAAUAGAAAUUGAGGUCAUGCAGCUGCUUGGAAAUGAAAGUCCCCACAUUAUUAAAAUGUUACAUUGCUGCCAUUCGUCAGAAUUAUCAUAUAUCGUCAUGGAAUAUGCAGAACAUGGAGAUUUACUGCGUUACUUACGUAGUCAUUCUGGAUUUGGAAAGGAAGGAGGAUACGUUGAUUAUACUUAUAUUGCACGUACCGACAAAGAUUUAUCUUCAACUGAAAUGACGAAAUUUAUAUGGCAAAUUGCUCAAGCGAUGCACUUUUUAGAAUCUAAACUAAUUAUUCAUCGUGAUUUAGCUGCUAGGAAUAUCCUUUUAGCCACUGAUAGCCAUGAUGGUAUGGUUUGUCGUUUAUCUGACUUUGGUCUAGCACGCGAUGUCUCUAAAAUUAAAGUAUAUCACGAAACCAACAAGGAAGUUAAGCUACCAAUGAAAUGGAUGGCUUACGAAUCUAUUAGGGAAAAUCUCUAUUCCAUAAAAAGCGAUAGAUGGUCGUUUGGUAUACUUAUGUGGGAGAUUAUUACCUUUGGUGGGAGACCCUAUUCGGAAUUUCGUAAUCCAAGACAGUUGAGAAGUGCAAUUAUUUCCGGCCAUCGACUUGCUAAACCGGAUCAUUGCUCUGAUGAGAUUUUUGAAAUUAUGACUUCAUGUUGGGAUGCAAAUCCUGAUAAUCGGCCUUCUUUCUCCACGUUGUUGGAUAAAUUGGAUGAAAUCAUUAAUGAUACAGAGGGGUAUUUAUCGAUGGAUCAAUUCGAUCCAACCAAUUAUGUUUAUCUUGAUUUCGAUGAUGAGGAUGAAAAUUUACGGGAGGAUGUUUCCACGCCGGAUUAA